CAAAUCUCUUCCAACCAGGAGUUCACCGACGAUGGAGGUCACAAACAACACAACAGCCUGGCCUCUCUUUGAUAACUCAACAAGCAAACCGGUAAAAAACGAGGAUGAGGACGUGAAGCUGAGUUAUCAAAUAGUAACUUCUUUCUUCCUUGGCGCACUCAUCCUCUGUGCCAUAUUUGGCAACGCGUGCGUCGUGGCGGCCGUAGCGCUGGAGCGCUCUCUCCAGACUGUGGCCAACUACCUGAUCGGCUCUCUGGCUGUCACCGACCUGAUGGUGUCGGUGCUGGUGCUCCCCAUGGCGGCGCUUUACCAGGUCUUAAACCGGUGGACGCUCGGGCAGAUCCCCUGCGACAUCUUCGUGUCUUUAGACGUGUUGUGCUGCACGUCUUCCAUCCUGCAUCUGUGCGCCAUCGCGCUGGACCGGUACUGGGCGAUAACCGAGCCUAUAGAGUAUAUGAAGAAGAGGACGCCAAGGAGAGCGGCAGUUCUCAUCAGCGUCACUUGGCUCAUCGGCUUCUCCAUCUCAGUGCCACCCAUGCUGGUGAUGCGCUCCCAACCGAGCAGCAUGGCUGAGGACAGAGCGAAUCCCAAGCAGUGUAAGAUCAGGCAAGACCCCUGGUACACAAUAUACUCCACAUUUGGAGCGUUUUACAUCCCCCUGACCUUAAUGCUGGUUUUAUACGGGCGGAUAUUCAAAGCUGCCCGCUUUCGAAUCAGACGGACUGUGCGUAAAAGUGAAAAAAAGAAAGUGUCCGACUCCUGUUUGGCGUUGUCUCCUGCACUUUUCCACAAAAACAGUCACGGGGACGCGCAGGGGAAGUUGGCGUUGUCUCCUGCACUUUUCCACAAAAACAGCCACGGGGACGCGCAGGGGAAGAGCUGGAAGAGGAGCGUGGAGCCACGGCCACUGCCGUGCGCAAACGGUGCGGUGAAACACGCCGAGGACGGCGACUCUCUGGAGAUCAUUGAAGUUCACAGCAACUCCAAAGGCAACCUUCCGCUGCCAAACAUCCCCAGCUCCGUGCCGCUGUUCGAGAGCAGACACGAAAAGGCCACCGAGGCGAAAAGGAAGAUCGCGCUGGCACGGGAGCGCAAAACUGUCAAGACUCUGGGCAUCAUCAUGGGCACGUUCAUCCUCUGCUGGCUGCCCUUCUUCAUCGUGGCUCUCGUCAUGCCUUUUUGCCAGGACUCGUGCUACAUGCCCCGCUGGCUGGAGGAUGUCAUAAAUUGGCUGGGCUACUCCAACUCCUUACUCAACCCCAUCAUUUACGCAUACUUCAACAAAGACUUUCAGAGCGCUUUCAAGAAAAUUAUCAAGUGUCAUUUCUGCAAACCGUGA